AAAUCCUUUUGUUCCUUGCUUCCAAACAACACAAACUUGCUACAAAAAGAAAUGGCCAAGAGCAAGGUACUUGUCGUCGGAGGAACUGGGUAUAUUGGUCGGAGGAUCGUGAAGGCGAGUUUAGCUCAGGGGCACGAGACCUAUGUCCUCCAGCGGCCAGAGAUAGGGCUUGACAUCGAGAAGCUGCAGAUGCUGCUGUCAUUCAAAAAGGAAGGGGCUCUACUCGUUGAAGGCUCCUUCAACCAUCACAAGAGCUUGGUGGAGGCGGUCCGAAAGGUAGACGUCGUCAUCUGCACCAUGUCGGGAGUGCAUUUUCGAAGCCACAACAUCCUCUUGCAGCUCAAGCUAGUGGAUGCCAUUAAAGAAGCAGGAAAUGUAAAGCGUUUCUUGCCUUCAGAAUUUGGCACGGAUCCAGCAAGAAUGGGACAUGCACUUGAACCUGGAAGAGUCACAUUUGAUGAAAAAAUGAUAAUCCGAAAGGCAAUAGAAGAUGCCAAAAUCCCAUUCACUUACGUUGUUGCAAAUUGUUUUGCUGGUUAUUUCGUUGGCAAUCUCUCCCAGAUGGGAAGGCUCACCCCUCCAAAGGAUAAAGUCUAUCUCUACGGUGACGGCAACGUCAAAGUGGCUUUCAUGGAUGAAGAUGAUGUCGCAACAUAUGCCAUUAAGACAAUAGACGAUCCACGUACGUUGAACAAAACCUUGUACUUGAGGCCGCCAGAGAACAUUCUCACGCAAACACAGUUGGUCGAGAAAUGGGAGAAGCUAACGGGGAAGGAACUGGAGAAGAUCAGCAUUUCUGACACAGACUUUCUGGCUUCCAUGGAAGGUAAUUAUUAAUUAAAAUUAAUGUGUGUUAUGUUGGAGAAGAACAGAAAAAUGGAAAUAGAUAACAAAGUGAUUGAGAAGUAAAAAGAUAACUUUUUG